GGUACUCUGACCGUCGUUGCUUCAGACGGAGCUGGGAGGUUGAGCAGGCCGUCGUGUCGCCGAGCGACUUGGCUGUUGGUCACAGUCUAACUCACCAUGUCCUGUAGCCUGCUGCAUUUCUGUUCCUUCCAGGACCUGGGGACUGUCCGUGAUUUCCUCUUUCCUCAAGUGAAAGAGGAAUCGAGCAGUGGCGAGAAAGAACACAAUUGGGAAGAUGAAGACUGGGGAGCAUGGGAAGAUGGUGAAUUGAAAGAGCCUAGGGAAGAUCGUUCUACACGCAACACUCCUGCAUUGUCAUGGCUUCAAGACUGUGUGAUCUCACUGUCACCAACAAAUGAUCUUAUGGUGAUAGCAAGGGAUCAGAAAGCUGUAUUUCUAGUGCCAAAAUGGAAGCCUAAUGAAAAGGCUCAAGAUGAAAUGCAGUAUUGUGUUACAUGGAGUGGUAUCUUGAGCGUUGAAGAAGGAGAAUGCAUCAAUAGUACAAUUUGUAUUCCACUUGCAAGUCAGAAAAGGAGCUCCACAGGCCGACCAGACUGGACAUGUAUAAUUGUUGGUUUUACCUCUGGAUAUGUUCGAUUUUACACUGAGAAUGGAGUUCUUCUUUUAGCACAGCUUUUAAAUGAAGAUCCAGUUCUGCAAUUGAAAUGUCGGACUUAUGAAAUUCCCAGACAUCCUGGUGUUACAGAGCAGCACGAAGAAUUGAGUAUCCUAUAUCCGGUUGCCCUUGUAACGAUAGAUGGAUUCAGCCUCUUUCAGUCUCUUCGGGCCUGUAGAAACCAGGUAGCAAGAGCUGCAGCUUCAGGUGCUGAAAGCGUACAACCUCCACCAUUAACUUACAAGAAAUGGGGCCUGCAGGAUGUUGAUAUGAUAGUGGACCAUGCAAGCAUUGGUAUUAUGACACUUUGUCCAUUUGAUCAGUUGAAGACUGCCUCUGUUUUAGGUGGAUUUAAUGCCACUGUAAAAAGCAGCCCACCAGCAAUGUCAGAAUAUGUAACUGUUGGAUCUGGUCCAUUUGCUGGUUUCUUCUAUGCUUUGGAGGGUAGCACUCAGCCAUUGCUAUCGCAUGUUGCUUUAGCAGUUGCUAGCAAGCUUACGUCAGCUUUAUUUAAUGCAGCUAGUGGAUGGCUUGGUUGGAAAAGCAAGCAUGAAGAAGAACUGGUGCAGAGACAGAAACCAAAAGUUGAGCCAGCAACCCCACUUGCUGUAAGGUUUGGUAUUCCAGACUCUCGACGGCGUGGAGAAAAUAUUUGCCUUUCGCCUUGCAAUACCCUGGCAGCUGUGACGGAUGAUUUUGGGCGCGUCACUUUAUUAGAUGUGGCAAGAGGUGUGGCAAUACGCAUGUGGAAAGGAUAUCGUGAUGCACAGGUUGGCUGGAUCCAGGUUUUGGAAGAUCUUCAUGAAAGAGAAGCAGAGAAGAGCAAUUUCUCACCUUUCAGGAGUCCUACAGGCCUAAGACGAGUAGCUCAGUUCCUGGUGAUCUAUGCCCCAAGGAGAGGAAUCCUGGAAGUGUGGAGCACUCAGCAAGGUCCAAGGGUUGGGGCAUUUAAUGUAGGAAAAUACUGCAGGUUAUUGUAUCCUGGAUAUAAGAUUAUGGGUUUGAACAAUGUGACCAGCCAGGGCUGGCAGCCACAAACCUUUCAGAUUUGUCUAAUUGAUCCAGUGGAUGGUAACGUGAAAACCGUUAAUGUUCCUUUCCAUCUUGCUCUUAGUGAUAAGAAGAGUGAAAGAGCAAAGGAUAUGCAUCUGUUGAAGCGGCUGACUACCUUGUUGAAGGCCAAAAUCACAAAUCCAGAAAAUAUGGAAACUGAAAUAAAGAUGCAUCUUCUUGAUAUUAAAUAUCCUGCCAUGAAAAAACAGGCCUUAGAAAAAAUGUUGGGGAGUAAAAAUAUCCCAUUGUCCUGCUUAACAAAUUUAAUUCAGGCAUUGUUGGACAGCUUAAUGAAUCAAGAUCCUGAAAGUGUGGAUGAAGGAUUGUUGCAAUUUUGUCUCAGCCAGCUGAAACUGCUUCACCUUUAUACGUGUGUGGACAAGCUCAAUUCUAAAGAUUUGGAGAAUGGUGUAGCCAAAACUAGCGAUGGCCUGGCUGCUUUACUGCGACUAGAAGAAAGGGAAGUUGUAAAAAUUCAAACACUGCUGAAUAAUUAUAGACAAGGAAACACCAGAAGUAUGGUUCAUUUUGAGGAGGACAAAAACUAUAAACUACCAAUCCAAAUGUUUCUGGAAUAUCUUGAAUAUGAAAAAGAAGUAGUCAAUGUGAAGAAACUAAGUGAAGAUGAGUGCGUGGCUUUGGGAAAUUUCUUUUUCUGGAAGUGUCUCUGUGGGAAAAGCUCUGCAGAGGAAGUGUGCCAUUUGCUGGAGUCUGCAGGAGCCAGGCCUCAACAAUUCUUGACUUUACUCCUCAGUAUGUGGCUGUUUAAAGAGAAAGAAAUUCUGAAAAACCAGGAAUCAAUUCACUACCUCCAUGUUACGUUGUCGGUCUUAAACCAGAUGAAGGGUGCAAUAGAUAACUCAUGGGACCUUCAGUCAGUGAAUCCAUGGUGGCAACAGAUGCGCUCUGUGUGUGCACAGUCAGAGAAUGUUGGAGCUGCAUUGUUAGCUGCACUUGUUGGAAGAAGUGUGGCCAUCAGUGCAACAAACAGUCUGGUUGAAAAAGAUGUGGAAGUUCAGAUUUCAGAUGGAAUGACUGAUUCUUGGGAAGCAUUGUCUCUCGAUAUGGAACAUUGGAAUCUGUUACUGAGACAGCUUGAGGAUUGCCUUAUAUUACAAACGUUGCUGCACAGCAAAGGGAAAAAAACAUCCAGUACAACCUGCCAACAUUCUGAACCACUUGCCAGUAUUUCUGUAAAAAAGCUUUUGGAAGGUGGUCGAGGAGUUGUUGCUGAUGGUGUGGCAAAAUGGGUUUUCAACUUGAAUCUUGUGCCAAGCAUCCUGAAAGAAGCCCAUCAAUCCAAGGAAUUAGAGAAUGCAGAAGAACCAAUGGAUGGGGAGAACAACAUUCUUAUAAAGUUGCUGCAGCUGGCUUAUGAGCAAUUCCCCUGCAGUCUAGAAUCUGAUGCUGUUCAUGCCCAUUGUUGUUGGGAAUAUGUAGUGCAAUGGAACAAAGAUCCAGAGGAAGAUCGUUUUCUGAGUAUAUCUGUGGAUCAUCUGAAAUACAUUGGCAAUGCUCACGUUCAGCGAGGAGUUGCUGUAAUGAUGUGGAACACCUUUAUUGUAAAGAGACUGUCGGCUGCUGCUUAUCUAAUGGAUAAGGUUGGCAAGGCACCAAAAGACAGACUAUGCAGAAGAGAUGUAGGCAUGAGUGAUACCUCCAUGACCUCCUUCCUUGGUUCUUGUUCAUUGCUCCUCCAAACUUUAAUGGAGGCUGAAGUUAGCAGUGAUGAAAUGAAGGAACCAUCUCUAGACAUAGAAGAUACUUGGUCAUCUGUGGAAGGUCCAACGUCAAUAGUGGAUCUGGCUCUAGAACAAGGACAUGUCCAUUACCCAUUGGUUCAGCAUCACUAUGUUUUGGCUGUUGUUAUGCAUGGAAUAAUGCUGUUUGGGAUGAAGUCUGUCAAAAUAUUUAGUCUCUUUGACAGUAAGGGCAAAAAUGCAUUUUUCAAAGAGCUAACAUCAAUCCAGCUGCUGCCAAGUGGCGAUAUGGAUCCUAACAUAGUGUCUCUCAGACAACAGUUCCUCAUGAAAUUAGUCAGUGCUUCAGUGAAAGAACUAAUCAAACCUCCAAAGACUGAAUGUACUUCUGAACAGCAAUCUCAUCAAGAACAAAAUGAAGACUGGUCAUCAGUGGCAGUGGAGCUGUCUCAGAACCUACAAGUGAAUGAGGAUGUUAUCCGUCGACAUUAUGUAUGUGAGCUGUAUAAUCAUGGAAUUGACCAUAUUGGUGAAGAGGCCCUUCUGCAGGUACUUGAUCAAGAGGUCCUGGCAUCCCAGCUGCUUGUACUGACAGGACAGAGACUUGCAUAUGCGUUACUUCAUACUCAGACGAAGGAAGGCAUGGAGCUGCUGGCCAGACUCCCACCAGUGUUGUGUACAUGGCUUAAGGCUAUGGAUCCUCACGAUCUUCAGAACACAGAUGUGCCAAUUAUAGCAACAGCUAAACUGGUGAGCAAACUGAUAGAACUCUUACCUGACAACCACGGGCAGUACAGCCUGGUGCUGCACCUGUUAGAGGCAGUUGAAGCCAUAUCCUCCUUGUGACGAGAGCUGACCAAUCUUUAUUUAAAUAGGUCUUCAGUCAUGACCACCUGUUAAAAGCUUGGAUCACUUUGAUGUAAAUGAGCCACUUGUUUCAAUUAAUCAUGUUCUUGAAUACUUAUUGUUAUAGGUGAGUACUGAAAGUUCUGUUCUAUGAUGUGAGAUAUUUUGAUGCCCAAAUACAGUUUGCAUGUCCAUGUUUACAUACAGCUGACGCAAAGCUCACUCACAUCGUUUUACUGCUAGAAGAUGGCAUCAGUCUCAGAGUAAAUCAUUUGUUGCUGUCGCUAUGCAGAUUAAAUGUCAUCUGAAACAAAUCUGUUCUCAAGGUAUUAUGUAGUGAGUGAGUUACAUGGUAUGGUCCGUACAUCUAGAUUUCCAAUCCCACUAUUGCAACUAAAAAAAGGGAGUAAUUUUGCAAACUGCUUUCAGCAGUAAACAACACAAACAUUCUACAAGUAGUCAUAAUGACUAUUUUAAAAAGCCUUAUGUCGCAACUUGUAUCACAUAAAAACAAAGGAAAAUUUGAGUUCAUUUUGUUAACGUAAAGACAAAAGUUUUUAUUCCCUCAAUUGUUUUUGGAUUUGUAUAAGUAACAAAAUGAACAGUGAUCAGACACCCUAAUGUGUGUACAGAAACAUUUCCAACCUUAUCAGUGGGCAGAAACUAAUUGUAAUAUUGUAAAUUAUUGAUCAUUAACCAAAUAAAAACUUCAAUCCCUGCUGAGUUGCUUUUU